AUGUCUCCCCCAGUUAACACACGUCUCCCGGUGGGAAACAAAGACUUUACCAAUGCGACUGUCGUGAUUAUCGGUGCUGGGAUAUCUGGGAUGUGCAUGGCAAUUGAUUUGAUCAAACGCAAUAACUGUCACAACUUCGUUAUACUUGAGAAGGGUAGCAGCGUUGGUGGAACUUGGAAUGAUAAUAAAUAUCCUGGAUGCUGUUGCGAUAUCUGGAGCUCACUGUACAGCUAUUCCUUUGAGCAAAACCCUGAUUGGUCAAGGGAAUAUCCUGGACAAGAAGAAUUCCAUGCAUACCUAGUGCGUAUUGCAGAGAAGUACGGUCUGUACAAGUACAUUCGUUUCAACUCCACGGUAGAAGAAGCCCAAUGGGAUGACAACGAAUCCAACUGGAAGACCAGUGUUGUGGUCACAGGAGAGAAGGAUAGCGAAUAUUCCAACUCCUACAUCCUCAAGUCCGACUUUCUCAUUUCCGCCGUCGGGCAACUGAAUCUCCCACGUCAGCCGAACAUUCCGGGACUGGAAGAUUUCCAGGGCAAGAUGAUGCACUCUGCUCGAUGGGAUUGGAGUUACGACAUAACAGGAAAGCGAGUUGCAAUCAUUGGAAAUGGAGCAACCGCCGCCCAAAUCGCCCCAGAAGUAGCCCAAAUCGCCUCCCACCUCACAAUCUACCAGCGAACUCCAAACUGGAUAAUCCCACGAGGCGAUGGACCAGUAUCCGCCUUCCAAAGAGCCCUAUUCAAAUACCUCCCACCACUCCACUGGCGCAAACGCGCCCUCCAAAUGGACUUCCGUGAAAGCUUCCACGCAGUAAUCAAAGACGAUAACUCACCCUUCGCCCAAAUGAUCCGAGACAUGUCCACAGCGAGCAUGAAAGCCCAACUCGCCACCAAACCUGAGUUGUGGGAGAAGUUGGUUCCGGACUAUGCACCGGGAUGCAAGCGAAUUAUCAUCACCGAUGAUUACUAUCCCACUCUUGCGCGAGACAACGUGGAAUUGGAGACGCGGCCGAUUACGCAUAUUACCGAGACUGGGAUAGAGAUUGAGGGCUUUGAUGAGCAGGAAUAUGAUUUAAUUGUUCUUGCUACCGGCUUUAGGACGGUGGAGUUUAUGCAUCCUAUUCAGAUUUACGGUGCGAAUGGGCGUCCUUUGCAGGAUAUUUGGAAGGAUGGGGCUGUGGCGUAUAAUGGGGUUACUGUCGAGGAUCUGCCUAAUUUUGGGAUGUUUUAUGGUCCUAAUACCAACCUUGGACAUAAUUCUAUCGUUCUCAUGAUAGAGGCACAGUCACGUUAUUUGAAUGGGAUUGUUGGUGAAGUGAUCCGGGCUCGUCAACAGGGCAAAACGUUGUCUCUGAAGCCAAAGCUGGCAGUGCUGAAGAGUUUCAACGAGAAACUCCAGACUGCGUUGCGGAAUACCAGCUUCGCGGAUCCAAAUUGCAACAGUUGGUACAAGAGGGAUGACGGUGUCAUUACGAAUAACUGGUCUGGGACUGUGAUUGAUUAUCAGCUUAAUCUGUCAAAGGUGGAAUGGCAAGACUAUGUUGUUGACGGCACCGGAAAGGGUGAUGUCGAGGGCAAGGCUGCAACGAAGCUUGGUCGUGUUCGUGAAGAGACUUUACUUAGCGAUACGUCAUUGUUGAUGGUAGGCGCCGUGAGCCUUCUAUCGGCGGUUGGUUAUUUUGCGGCUCGGUCUAAGAUGCUAAAGGCACGCUAA